ACUCGGUUGAGCUGAAUUUAACUGUUUGUCAAAUUAAUAUCAAUUGACACAUUAAAUGAAUGCUGCGUACUUUACAGACAAUGUUGUGGAAAAUACGUAUAGUGUUCAGUAUCCUAAACGUUAUAUAUGAUGUAUUUCGUCCGAUCUUGUUGUUUCUUCGCAAGAAACCACCGAGUAUACCACCCAUAACUCGUUCCAUAUAUAAGUUGAGUGCCACGAAACUCGCUAAAAAGAUCAGAGAAAGAGAGAUUACGAGCUACGAAGUGGUGCAAGAAUAUAUAACGCGUAUUAAAGAAGUAAACCCUUUCUUAAACGCCGUUGUCGACGAACGAUUCGCUGACGCGAUAAUUGAGGCGAAAAAUUACGACGAACAGUUGAAAGACGGCAAAUUUGAUAUUAAAACUUUAGAACAAGAAAAGCCGCUUUAUGGCGUUCCAAUUACUAUCAAGGAAUGUUGUGCUGUAAAAGGCUGUAGUCAUACAGGUUGCACCUUGCCUCGCAAAGGAAUAAAGGCGGAUUACGAUGCCGCAGUUGUCGAGAUGCUCCGAAAUGCCGGUGCGAUACCAUUGUGUGUCACCAACACGCCUGAGAUGAGCAGUGGUUAUGAUAGCGCUAAUCUACUGUACGGCCGCACCUACAAUCCUUAUGACACUAGAUAUUCGGCUGGUGGAUCGUCCGGUGGAGAGGGUGCAUUACUUGGAGCAGGUGGUUCCGUAAUUGGAAUUGGCUCAGACUUGUGUGGUUCCAUAAGAAUACCUGCUUUUUUGAACGGCAUUUUCGGGCUCAAACCCACAUCUGGAAUCAUUCCGACUAAUGGCCAUUUCCCACACACCGACGACAAACACUUUCAUAAGUUCAUGACCUUCGGCCCGAUGACUAGGUACGCCGAGGAUCUUGGUUUGCUCAUGAGAGUGAUGACAUCGAAAUGCAAUCACGACCUGCGUUUAGAUGUGCCGGUGGACCUAAAGCAAAUAAAGAUCUACUAUCGACAAAGUUUGGACAAAUCGUUUGGUGUAUUACCCAUGUCACAGGAAAUUGAGAAUUGCGUUCUGAAAGCUGCUAAUUAUUUCACACGACAUAAUAUUCGUGCUGAGAAGUUACCAAUCAAGUGGCCAGAGACAAUUACCGAUAUUGUAUUAACGGGAUUCUUGAAUAUAAAAGAGCCCCCUCAAUUGCUGCUAGAUGCGAACAAUCCUAAGAACCAUAAGAAUGCAAACAUUGAAAUGGUGAAAGCUCUAUUUAAUCUGUCGCAACAUACAAAACAGCUGAUAUUCUUCACUAUACCGUUUGAGACACAUUUUCCAUUCACGGAUUCAGAGAUAUCGCAUUACACGAAACAUGCAGAGGAGAUUCGACAAAAACUGCUGGAUCUAUUGGGAGACAACGGUAUACUUAUUUACCCGACCUUCCGAAAGCAAUUUCUUCCGGAGCUUGUGAUAUUCGAAAUGAUAUCCGUUUCGAACUGUGGGAUAUUCAAUAUUUUCGGUUUUCCCGCGAUGCACGUUCCGAUGGGACUUAAUCACGAGGGGAUGCCCAUAGGCGUUCAGGUCAUAGCAGCGCCUUAUCAAGACCGUCUCUGCCUGGCGGUUGCAAAAGAAUUAGAGAUAGCGUUUGGUGGCUGGGUACCACCAUCAGUAUCAAUAAGCGAUUAGUAGAUGCCUUAAAAUUUUUUGUAAAUAAAUUAUACUAAGUUGGAAGUUGUAUUUUUGUAAAGACACAAAUAGGGAGAAUCUUUAAUACUAGCAAUAAUACUAGCAAUAUUCUGAAAAAAUAAACACAAAUCUGUAUAAAUCUGAAAAA